UGUCGAUUGUGUGAUUCUUCUUCUCCAACAAAGCAGCCAUUGCUACAACAUAUAUGCUAGUCUUGUAUUCACUGGCGCUGGCAAUGGCCUCAGAGUCGGUCAUUUCUGCCAAGGCCGGCGGAUGAACUACCCGAGAAUUAUUCCUCGAAAAAUUUCAAGAAACAGACUUUCUUUUACCCUUUCAUCUGCUUCACAAUAUCUCAAUUGGAAAAUUUAAGGAUACAGAUAAGCAGCGUAAUGGGAUUAUUUUGGAGCCUGAUUGACAUGAGUGUGGAUUUGAACGGGGGAUUACAUGCUGUAAUCAAAGAGAGUAUUGGUCCUAUUGGAUGCUAUGCAUCGUGGGUGAUGGCUGGUAGUAUGCGUGAAAAAUUACAGACACCAAUUGUUCGACUAAAUGCCUGAGAUGUACAAUAACUGGAAAUGUCAACAACGAGUCUUAUUCAAUAGUUGAUUGGCGGGAGAAGAGAUGGAGGAAAAUUUCUUAGAGAUGGAACAAAAACGCUGUCAAGUAUGUUUUAUUUCAGCCACCAUUUAUGGAGUUAUUUUAGAUAUUUGGGUGGGAUAAAAAGAGUAUGACAUCAUGGGCACAAGGUGGAUGCAUUUUGGCUGUCGUUUUGGUCUUUGAUGACUCUUUUGAAUCCUGGCCGUGAAAUGGUCUGAAAUGGAAAGUUGUCGAAUUGCAAGGCCCUGUAGUGGAUCCUUUAUGAUAAUAAGAAGUUCACUUGCAUCCCUUCUCCAUUCUCCGGUGAAUUAAGAUGGCAAACCCACAAGCAAGAGCCAACCUGGCCACACAAGCUCAGAGCCAGAGGAAUUUGAAGUUUUGCAAGGUCUUUGAUGCUAACAAGUACUUCAACAAACUGCAUAUUCCCUCAGCAUAUGCUUCAUAUAUGCGAGGAAAUUUGCCAGAUAGAGCAGUGCUCAGGGAUUGCGAUGGGAACAUGUGGGCUGUGGAACUUGCUAAAGUUGGAAGUGAGUGGUUUUUCCAAGAGGGCUGGGCCAAGGUGGUUCAAGAUAAUUUGAUUGAACAUCAAGACUUUCUUGUUUUCCUAUUUGAUGGUGAGAAAGUUUUUGAUUUCACAAUCAUUGGAAAUAAUUUAUUGGAAAAGGAGGGAGUUGGUAGUUUGAAGUUUCAGUUGGAGGUGGAAAAAGGAAACGGGAAUGGAGAGAAGGCACAGGAACUCAAUGAUAUGAAUGGAGACAAUCUGAUUGGGGAGAAAGAAGAACCACUCAAUGGUGUGAAAAGAGACUUUCAGAAGUCAACAAGUCCUACCAGUGGCUCAAGGAAAUACAGAAGUGAAAAGAAUGGGCAAGAAGGCGCUUCAGCUAGUGAUGGGAUAAACAAGAAGGCCAGACAUGACUUGUAUGGUGCAAGCAUUUUCAGAUCAGGAGAGCAUGCCCUGCCUGAGAAUCCUUAUUUUGUCACAAGGAUUAGGACAAAGAGACAGAAUGCUUUGUUCAUUCCAAUUGAUGUGAUUAAGGAUUUCAGACUUGAUCUUCCCGAAAAUAUGACUCUACGUGACCCACUUGGGAGGACUUGGCCUGCGUAUCUUAGGACUUGGAAGGAUGGCCGAGCAUAUUACUCAGGUGGAUGGGACAACCUUUGCAAGGUUAACUCUAUUGAUGAGGAGGAUGAUUGUGUGUGUGAAUUUGUGCCUGGACGAGGUCAGGAGAAACCUGUGAUGCAGAUCCAGAUUAUCCGGCACAAGAAUGCUCCUGAAACCUGCGACUAAUGGUGUGUGAUGAAUAGAACGUUUAAUAGAAUUUGGUUUAACCAGCCUGAUAUUAAAAACAUUUUCAAUUUGUCGUCUUGAUGUUAUAAACUUUGAGGUGUUCUUUUAUCUGAAUUAGAAGAUGUUUUCGAAGUAGCAAGUUUUUUUA